GUAUCACUUACAAAUCAUACCCACAGCUGCUUAUUUCAAUACCCUUAGACAAAGUCUUACCCUGCACUCACGUACAUUGGAUAUACAAAUUGUGCUGAAAAUUGUAUUUAAUUGCCUAUAAGAAAAAAAAUCUUGAAUGAGAACAUAAAGGUUGUAAACGUGCAUCAAUAUGGCAGAGCACUGGACUUCAUUGUUCUGUGUGCAAAACGAAAGGAAAGCUGAAAUCUGCAAUGCAACAAUGGACACAGAACCUGAUAAAAAGGCAAAGGAGAAAAUGCAAAUGAAACAAGAAAUUACAUUGUUUAAUGGUGUUUCCUUAAUAGUUGGAAACAUGAUUGGAUCUGGAAUAUUUGUAUCUCCAAAAGGCGUUCUGAUGUAUAGUGCCUCUUUUGGACUUUCCCUGUUAAUCUGGGCACUGGGUGGAAUAUUUUCUAUGUUUGGAGCUUUGUGUUACGCUGAACUAGGGACAUCAGUCAUAAAAUCUGGGGCUAGCUAUGCUUACAUACUUGAAGCAUUUGGUGGAUUUAUUGCCUUUAUCAGACUGUGGUCAUCCUUGUUGAUAAUUGAACCCACAACACAAGCAAUUAUUGCUAUUACCUUUGCUAACUACAUUGUACAACCAAUGUUUCCAUCUUGUCAGCCUCCAUAUGAUGCUGUAAGACUGAUCGCUGCAGCAUGUGUAUGUACAUUAACAUUUAUUAACUGUGUCCAUGUGAAAUGGGGAACUAGAGUACAAGAUGUAUUCACAUAUGCAAAAAUCUUGGCCCUCUUAAUGAUUAUAUCAGUGGGUCUUAUAAAAAUAGGACAAGGUGAAACCAAUAAUAUCAAAGCUGCAUUUGAAGGUUCAACUACUAAUGUCGGAUCAAUGGCACUUGCUCUCUAUUCAGCCCUUUAUUCAUAUUCUGGGUGGGACACAUUAAAUUUUGUGACAGAGGAAAUGAAGAAUCCAAAAAGGAAUCUUCCACUUGCCAUUGGCAUUUCAAUGCCUAUUGUUACAAUUAUAUAUUUGUUGACAAAUGUGGCAUAUUAUGUUGUCCUUGACAUGCCAGCAGUUCUUGGCAGUGAUGCAGUUGCGGUGACAUUUGGGAAUGAGGUUCUUGGUCAUGCGAAAUGGUUGAUUCCAAUCUCUGUAGCAAUGUCUUGUUAUGGAGGAUUAAACUCAUCAAUUAUAGCAGCCUCAAGGCUGUUUUAUGUUGGAGCAAGAGAAGGACAUCUUCCUGCAUGCUUGAAUUUGAUUCACCAACAUAAUUUUACUCCAGUACCGGCACUGCUUUUUAAUGGACUGAUGGCCAUUAUUUACCUACUGGUGAAGGAUAUAUUUCUACUUAUCAACUACUACAGCUUUAGCUACUGGCUGUUUGUUGGACUUUCUGUUGCUGGUUUAAUUGUUUUACGUAUUACUCAACCUGAAAGACCUCGUCCUGUGAAGGUGGAACAGCUUAAUCUUAAGGAAAUUGUUGAAUUUGAGACCACAAAUAAGAGCGAUAGCAAGGAACGAUUUGAUGGGAGAAUCGACUCAGGAGCAUCAGAGAUAUCAGUCUGUUAAAAAUGAAUACAAUACAUGGAAUCCAAUACAGAACAGCCUCUUGAUAACACUAGGAGUAAAAAUCCAUAUGUGUGUAGAAGCAAAGCUCAACGUGUAUAAAAAUCAAAAUACUCACUGGGAGCCAAAUCCAAUUUCCGGAAAAUUGAAUUAAAAACUAACGAUUACAAAAAGAACAAUACGGCUUUUAUUCUUGCUUUUGCUCAACAUGUUUCAACGAACACAGACGUCUUUCUCAAGAGCAAUAAAAACAUUGAAAAUGCUAUUUUAAUGUUUUUAUUGCUCUUGAGCUUGAGUUUUUGGCUUUUAAAUACCAAAGAAAUAGUUGAUUAAAGUGUGUUAAGGGCUGUGAGAGGCAUAAUCUGCUGAGAAAAAAAAUCUGAUAAAUUUAUAAUAAAGUCAAUAAAAUGC